AUGCAAGACGUCAAGGAAGACUUCACCAUCCACGAGUCCAGCGGCAACCUCCACGAGAGAGGCGGCCACGGCCACGCCCACCAGGGCAGCAGCGUCGACAAGUCCCCCGCAGAGGUGUCCCAGAUCAGCUCGGGGUCGAGGGACAGCCCGUUUGUGGGCGACGGCGGCACCGCAGACUCCGCCUCCGGCAGCUCGUCGGGCGCCGACAGCAACAACGGCAAGAAGAGAGAAGAGCUGUUUGUGUGGCGCUGGCUGCGGCCGCUCGAGAUCAAGGGCACGCAGGGCCUCUCUCUCUCGCAGCUCUUCCUCCUCAACUACGACUUGCGGCCCGUCGAGGAGGCCCGCAGAAAGUGGCACUGGUACCACUUUGUGUUCUUCUGGAUCGCAGACUCGUUCAACAUCAACACGUGGCAGAUCGCCUCCACGGGGGUGCAGGCCGGGCUCUCGUGGUGGGUCGUGUGGAUCACCGUGUGGCUCGGCUACUUCUUCUGCGGCUGCUUCGUGACCGCCUCCGCCAGAGUCGGUAACGCGUACCACAUCUCCUUCCCCGUGUCCUGCAGAUCCUCCUUCGGCAUCUGGGGUUCGCUCUGGCCCGUCAUCAACAGAGUCGUGAUGGCCUGCGUCUGGUUCGGCGUCCAGUCCUCCAUCGGCGGCAACUGUGUCGAGUUGAUGCUCCGCUCCAUCUUCGGCAACGACCUCGACACAAGGAUCCACAACACCCUCGGCGGCAACAUCACCUCCUUCAAGAUGUUGAGUUUCUUCCUCUACUGGUUCUUCCAGCUCCCCUUCAUCUACCUCCCACCCCACAUCGUCCGCCACUUGUUCACCGUCAAGGCCGUCAUCUGCCCCAUCGCCGGUAUUGCCUUCCUUGUGUGGACCCUCGUCAAGGCCGACGGCGGAGGACCCGUCAUCCAUCAGAAGUCCACCAUCUCCGGCUCCGAGUUUGGCUGGGCCUUUGUCAACUCCACCAUGAACUCCCUAGCCAACUUCGCCACCUUGAUUGUCAACGCCCCCGACUUCUCCCGUUUCGCCAACAAGCCCGGCGCCGCCAUCUGGUCCCAGUUCAUCGCCUUGCCAACCACCUUCUCUAUCACCUGCUUGAUCGGCAUCUUGGUCUCCUCGGCGUCCACCGUCAUGUACAACGAGACCUACUGGAACCCGUUGGACGUCCUCUCCCGGUUUCUCGACGGCUACUCUCGUGGUGACAGAGGUGGGGUCUUCCUCAUUUCUCUCGGCUUUGCCAUCGCCCAGUUGGGAACCAACAUUUCCGCAAACUCCCUAAGUGCAGGAACUGACAUGACCGCCCUCCUACCAAAGUACAUGAACAUCCGUCGUGGUGGCUUCAUCUGCGCAGCCAUCGCCUACGCUAUCUGCCCAUGGAACUUGAUGUCCUCCUCGUCCAUGUUCACCACCUACUUGAGUGCCUAUUCCGUCUUCCUCUCUUCCAUUGCAGGUGUCGUCUUCUGUGACUACUACAUCUUAAAGAAAGGUUUGCUCUACUUGCCAGAAUUGUACAUUGCAAACAACUCCUCCCCCUACUUCUACUCCAAGGGGGUCAACUGGAGAGCAUAUGUCGCAUACAUCUGUGGAAUCUUGCCCAACAUUGUCGGUUUCGUCGGUGCAACAAAAACGCACGAAGUUCCAAUGGGCGCCACGUACGUCUACUACUUCUCCUUCUUCACCGGUUACGCUGCAAGUAGCUCGGUCUUGUUGAUCUUGACCCUCUUGUUCCCAAUCAAGGGUAUGCCUGAAGACAGCAAGGUGUUUGAAUUCAAGUUCUACGAGGAAUGGCAAGAAGUCGAGGACUUCGACCUUUACCUGAGAAACAAGGACUUGGACCUUGGAAUAAUCGACGCCGACGACAAUGACACCUCCAGCAGCAUAGAAGACGCCUUUGCCUCUCCCUCCGGCGAAAAGGGCUUUUGA